AUGGCACUUUCCGCAACAACAGAAGAUUUUUACAAUACAAUAAUUGAAAAUGUUUUAGAUCAAAUUAAAAGAAACCCAGAAAAUUCUUCACUACAAGAAACCACUCUUCAAAAUUUUAAAUCCUCUUGAUUAAGAAAUCUAAAUCAGAUCAUGCGGCCUCCAGUCAUCCGUCAUGUAAUUUUUAACUAGAACUUACUAUUCGCAAAUCCAAAGAUUUCAAAGCCAAAAAAAAAUUUCCCUAAAAACGAAGAAUACUUCAAAUCCCCUGCGCAAAAGCAAGAGCAAGAAAUAAAAAAUCCUCCAAUCCCACAAAUUCCAAUGAAGCAAGAAGUAAUCACUAAGCCACAGAGUGAUUCAGAAAGUUCUAAUGAAGAUGAAGAAGAAUCAGACGAAGAACAAAAUGAAGCUGAGCUGGAAUUCCAAAAAUAUAUUGUUUUAAUAUAAAUUUCUCAGUAAAUAUUAUUAAUUGAUUUAUUAUAACCAAAAAGGAGUCUAUGAUGAAAAACCUGCGAAAAUUAGUAUACAAAAAUUUAGGAAAAAAUGCCCAAGAAAUCGAGCCAUCUGAAGAGGAAGAAGAAGAGGAAGAUUUAGGCGAUAUUAGUGAUGAGGAUACCAAUAUUUUGAUUCCAGAAACUAAAGAUGUUAUGUAUUGCUCUUAUGACAAGGUAAGCUGAUAAUUAGGUAGCAAGAACUGGAGACAGAUGAAAAGUUCUUUUGAAAAGAUGUGUGCUUAAAAUGGGCAGAAGUAAGGAAUUUUUUUACCAUAGAGGGUUUUGUGAUGUUGAUUUUGAGCAGUCAUAA